ACCUACUUCCGGCUUCGGCACCCCAUCCCUUUAGCGUCCCUCCGGAUAAUCCCCUACGCCUCACCUCGAGAACCACUUUGCGCAUGCGCCCCAGCUCCCGGAGAUAAGCUGCUGUGUGGGGAUGGUCUCGAUGAAGGUGCAAGGCUGCUGUGGCGGCGUGACAAGCCUGCGCUACUAAUGCGCCGGUGGGCCAGGAAAAAGGAGCCUGCGAUAGAUCCUUUCGUAAUACUAAGUACUGUACAAGGAUCUGUGGCUCCACCCCAGAGCUUGCCAUCUUCCUGAUCAUCAGACUGACCGGACGUACUCCGCGGUGCAUGCUGGGAUUAGUGUGGCGCUGUGGGCGCCACCAUGUUUUUGUACGGCGGAAGCGCAAAGCACCCUGGGAUCAGUAGGUUGCGUUGUUGAAGUUGCGCUCGGCGGGAACUCUUAAACUGGAUCCUGAGUGAGGAAGCUUUGAUGAGAAAGCAAGACCCGGUGGUAGACAGAUUAGCAUUACUGUACAGCUUCUUUGGGUGUUCGAGGAAGCCCGGCUAGACCAGAGUGGCCACGGUGGUGACAGCGCGGACAGGACUGAACAGUACAAGUUAAGGACCUUCGGGUCCAUGUUAACCCUGCCCUGUACGCCCAGCAUCGUAAGAAAAGACACCUGAGAACCGGAAGAGGAGAUGGAGUCUGCAAAUACUUUGUGUCCAGGCAGAGAGUGCAAAGGAGGUGUUUUAGCUCACCUGGAAAAACUAGAGGCUCAAGUGAACAGAUCGAAAAGAAAGUCUGAAGAACCAACAGUUCAUGAAAAGGAAAGUUCUGUGAGAACCAGGAUUCGAGAACUGCAGCAACAGCGAGAUGAGCUGAGGGCUGAAGUGAAGCAGCGGAGAGCCAGAGUUAAAGAACCUUCUGCCAAGGAAGACCCAAGCAAAACAGUGGUCAGUGAACAGGAAGUUCUGGAAAGGCAGUGGAGAAACAUGAAAGACAUUCUGCAGGCAUAUCGCUUUACAGGGCUCAGUGGGAAGUUGACCAGUCGUGGAGUCUGUGUGUGCAUCAGUACCGCCUUUGAGGGGAACCUACUAGAUUCCUACUUUGUGGACCUCGUCAUAGAGAAACCACUCCGGAUUCAUCACCAUUCCAUCCCAGUCUUCAUCCCUCUGGAAAAGAUAGCCACAGCACACCUACAGACUGAUGUUCAGCGCUUCCUGUUUAGUCUCUGGGAGUACCUAAAUGCCUACACAGGAAGGAAGUACCAGGCAGACCAACUUGAGAGCGACUUCUGCGCUUUCCUCACGGGACCCUUGCAGAGAAACGCCCUGUGCAACUUGCUGUCAUUCACCUAUAAAGUGGAACAGGAAUGCCAGACUUUCUCCUUCAGUGCCAGGUUGCUGUAUGAGGACCCCACAGCAGCUCUUCCCACCAAUGUCACUGUGACAAGGCCAGGUGUGGAAGCAUCACCCCCUCACUGGGAAGAGCACAGAGCAGCCCAUGAAAUGCUCUUCCAUACCAAGCCCCUGCACCAGGUGUUUGCUUCAUUUUCCAAAGAAGCUGAAAAGCUGGAUUUGAGCCUGGUCUCCUGAAAAACUGUUUCUCUGUUUGGGAUCCAUCGGAAGUGAGCACACUCGUGCUGCCUGCAGUCCAGGACCCAUCAGCAAAAGCUGUUGCCUGGGUACCACCAUGAGAACAUAAACCCACGUCAUGGGAAUGACAAGGAGCUUGUGUGUAGACAUAGACAAGUCCAUGUCUGUAGGCACUGGGCACUCUGAACAGUUCUUCAAAGUGAUUGCUUGUUCACUCAGUACGGUGCUACAGAAUGUCUCCUCCUAUAAGUACCAGUGUUGAUUUGCUCACAUGCAUAUAUUCUUUAUAUAUAUAUGGAGAUCAGCUAAAAUGGGGGUAAUUGAAGACAUUUUGUGAGCAUCUUAGCUUUUGUAGGAGCUAUAAGUCUAUGAUAGGGCUUGUGGUUAUUAAGGGAAAGUAUUUUUUAGCCUUUGGUUUGGAGCAGCAUGUUCUAGGCCACUAUUUGUGGGGGAGAGAGUAUUUUUAUACUUGGGGGUUCUAUGUAUUUAAUACUGUUUCCUAAAACAGUUCGGCAGAGAAUGGAAUGCAUGAAGUCACUUUAAGGAAGCACUGUUGGAAAUCUGCACAGAUCAGGGGAAGCACCCCUGUCUGUCUCCCUCCUGCAAGCUCCAGGCAUGGCUGUCCUCUUCCCAUUUCCUAGACACUUUUAAUGUACCUUUUCUCUUUCGCCAAGGGUCUGUGGUGUGCAACAUGUAUUGUUCCUCAGCUUAGGGCUUCUUAACAUCUUUAGGUCUGCCUGCUGGUCAAGUUCUCCCAUUACAAUUCCUGCCUUUCCUCUACUAGUCCCAAGGAGGCUCUUUACUCCACAGGCCCAGUGUUUGGGCUUCACUCUAAAUUAGCUGCUUCCUUGAAAUCUCCAUGUGUGGGAGUUCCAGCAAACUCCAGAAAGAAUGCAAGGAAGGUAAGCCAGCAUGGGUCCCCCUAACAGAGGUUUGGAAUAAAAGGUUCAUUGUGCGGGGUGAGAAGUCUGUGUCACAGUAACAGAAUUGCCACAACAGUCCCAUCAAGUUGAGUAAAGCUUUUAAUAAAACAGUCCUGUUCUCUAUCAA